UAGUUUGCAAAGGGAGCCUUUUCCAAUAACAAGUGCUCUGUGUGUCUGCAAGGAAAAAUUGCGGCGGCAAACUAAAACAGAAUUCGCUACGAAAUUCGUGCCAAAACAUCAAAUAAUUUGUAGCGGCAAAAGCCAGCGAGCGGGAAUUAUUGCAUUGUGAUUCUGGUCCUAUAAGGAUUCGCGAAAUGUGCAAUAAUUUGCAAAAACAAAUAAUAUUGUGCAGCUACUAACAGAUGUGCGAAGAACAAUUGAUAUUAAACAGCAAUAAUUUUUGCGAACGACUAUCUAUUCUGGAGAACAAAAUAAUCCACAAAACAUUAUUGUAAAAGAGUAUACGCAGCAGACGCGCGCACUGCUCCUGGACGAGUGAGUGCCCAUCACAGACUGCAAAGUGGCGGCGCUACUCGGGAAUAGUGCUGGGGCAGGGGCGUCCAUGUUUCACGGGCGGCAGCAGCAGCACAACACCAGGAGAACGCAGCAGCUUCAGCAGCAGCAGCCGGUGUGGUGUCGCCAACUCUGGCCUUAAGCAUGUAGUCCAAAUUGGCAGACACAUAAUUGAAGCAAUCCGUGGGUCUACACAACCACCACAACCGAAAAGAAGAGAAAUCUCUUAAAGAAAUCGAAAAACAACACAAAAAUCAACACCAAUGAAAAAUGUCACAAAGAGGUAAACGUGGUAAUCAACAUCUGCAGCAGCCGCAUAAUGCGCCGCUGCCGCAGAAGCAGGAUCAGCGACAUGAUGUUGAGCCCCAGCCACCGCCCACAAAGCGACGCAAAGGUCGACCGCCCAAUGGGGCGGCGACAACAACAACAGUAGCUCGACCGUUGAGCAAUAGCAAUGCCCCCGAGCAGGAGCGCAAUGUUGGAGGCGGUGGCGUUGGUGUUGCUGGUGGCGCUAGUUGUGCUAUAGAUGUCGGCAGCAAGCUGGUAGCACCAACAACAACAACGACGACAGCAAUGUCCAAAUCAUCGAAGGUGCCGAGUAAGGCGUCCGCAAGCAAAUGCAAGUCGCAGGGUAGCAACAGCAAUACGUGGCAAGCGCGUUCAGUGGCCGACAUUAAGAUGUCGAGUAUUUACAAUCGCAGCUCGACGGAAGCGCCGGCUGAACUGUAUCGCAAGGAUCUCAUUAGCGCUAUGAAAUUGCCCGAUUCGGAGCCAUUGGCCAACUACGAGUAUCUCAUUGUAACCGACCAAUGGAAGCAGGAGUGGGAAAAAGGUGUACAGGUGCCUGUUAAUCCGGACUCGCUGCCCGAACCGUGCGUUUAUGUGCUUUCUGAGCCCAUUGUAUCGCCAGCUCACGACUUUAAACUACCGAAAAAUCGCUUUCUGCGGAUUACCAAAGACGAACACUACUCGCCCGAGUUGCAUUGCCAAACGAAUGUCGUUGCCUUGGCGGAGAACACAUGUGCCUAUGACAUUGAUCCGACUGACGAGGCAUGGCUUCGCCUUUACAACGCAGAUCGUGCGCAUUGCGGUGCUUUUCCCAUAAACGAAACGCAAUUUGAGCGGGUCAUCGAAGAGCUAGAGGUCCGCUGCUGGGAGCAGAUACAGGUCAUACUAAAAAAUGAAGAAGGUCUGGGCAUAGAGUUUGACGAAAAUGUUAUUUGCGAUGUUUGUCGUUCGCCCGACUCUGAGGAAGCAAAUGAAAUGGUAUUCUGUGAUAAUUGCAAUAUCUGCGUGCAUCAGGCUUGUUAUGGCAUUACAGCAAUUCCAUCAGGACAAUGGCUCUGUCGCACCUGUUCGAUGGGUAUUAAGCCGGAAUGCGUUCUGUGUCCAAAUAAAGGCGGAGCAAUGAAAUCAAACAAAUCGGGUAAGCAUUGGGCACACGUUUCGUGCGCACUCUGGAUACCCGAAGUUAGUAUUGGAUGUGUGGAUCGCAUGGAACCAAUUACAAAAAUCUCAAACAUUCCGCAAAGUCGUUGGUCUCUGAUUUGUGUGCUUUGUCGCGAGCGUGUCGGGUCUUGUAUUCAGUGUUCGGUUAAAACGUGCAAGACCGCGUAUCACGUCACAUGCGCGUUUCAGCAUGGUUUGGAGAUGCGUGCCAUCAUCGAAGAGGGCAACGCUGAGGACGGUGUCAAAUUGCGCUCCUAUUGCCAAAAACACAGCGUUAGCAAGGGAAAGAAGGAGCUGGGAGGCAGUGGUGGACCAGGAACGUCGCACAAAUCGAAUAAAUAUAGCACGAUACAUGGUGCAGGGGCCGCCGAUGAAGGUAGCAAUACCGGCGCCGAGGAUCACCGCAGGCGAAAAAAUCAUCGUAAAUCGGACAUGACAUCAGAGGAACGCAAUCAGGCACGUGCUCAACGUUUGCAGGAGGUCGAGGCCGAGUUCGAUAAGCACGUGAACAUCAAUGACAUCAGCUGCCAUUUGUUUGAUGUGGACGACGAUGCAAUCGAAGCCAUUUACAAUUACUGGAAACUCAAGAGAAAGUCGCGGCACAAUCGGGAGCUGAUACCACCAAAAUCAGAGGAUGUCGAAAUGAUUGCGCGCAAGCAAGAGCAGCAGGAUCUCGAGAAUCAUAAGUUGGUGGUACAUCUGCGACAAGAUUUGGAGCGUGUCCGUAAUCUGUGCUAUAUGGUUAGCAGGCGCGAAAAGCUCUCGCGCUCUUUGUUUAAACUGCGUGAGCAGGUUUUCUACAAACAGAUCACCGUUCUAGACGAUGCCCAGCAGCAUCUACAGCAGGAUGCCAGUGCCAAUGACAAAUCAACGCUCUUGGAUUUAGAUGCAGUUAUCUACGCCAACGAUGGCCCCACACUGUAUGAUCGCUUCUACACCUCAACCAUUGGUGGCGCACAAACUGUGCCGGCGCAGUACCAGAGCCUCCAGUAUAUCCAGGAGCAGCUGUUGGGCAAGUACAGUAGUGGAAAGGGGGUCCGGGGCCGCGCUUCUGUAUCGCCCAAUAAGCGAAAGCAGCAGCAAGCGACAAGUGUUGUUAAAACAUCGCCCAACAAAAAGGUUAACAAUGGUGCAAUAUCGACAGCGACAACAACCACAACGUCGCCUGAUAAAUGGGGGACGUCGACGUCGACAUCGAAGGCGCAGGCGCUACGCAACUCAGUGGCGGGUGGAAAAGCCGAUACGGUUGGGACUGGGAGUACUGGGAACAAAAGCACAUUGGCCACUACGGCUGCACCGACGACGGCGUCACCUAGCGGGAGGCGUGCCUCAAAGAGUGGUGCGACGACGGCAGCAACAGCAGCAGCUACAACAGCGACGUCGUCGUCGUUUACAAAAAGAAGUGAUGAUGAGGGCGCUGGCGCAGACAGUAGUGCGUCCUCCCGUUCGUCAAGCGGUAGUUCUUCAUCGGCUGAUUCGUCCUCGGAGGCCGCCAGCAGUUCUGGCGGCUCCAGCGAUUCCGGCAGUGAGAGCAGCGCAUCCAGUACAUCAUCCUCCAGACGUAAGGCCAUCUCCAGUAAGACAACGACAGCCAGCAAUAAACAAACAUAUGCACGUUCCGUUGAUAUGCGCCAAAAGCAACGACAGCGUCGGCAACAAAACGAGGCAGGUAAUGGUGCGGGUAGCCCGUCUGCCGACUCACGUACUAGCUCAAGCGAUGAAUGCGAUGUCGAUCGGGACAAUGAUGGCGACGUCGAAGACAGUUUGCGACGUAAGCGAGGCGUCCACAAAUCAGCAGUACCUGCAAAACUAGAGCAGCCACACAAAUCUAAGUCAAAGCACAAUGCCACAAACGCCUCCACCACCAGUAUCAGCACCAGCACCACAACCACUAGCACCAUAACCAGCACUAGUAACGGUGCCAGAGGAAAGUAUGACAACGUAACGACGGGAAGCCGAGGUCGCGAUUGUCUAGCACAAAUGGACAAGGAACUACGGCAAAAGGGCGCUGCGUGUCCAUCAAGCGACGAGAGCGAGGAGCUACUUCCGCUAAAGACUACAAAUAGUGCCAGCAAUAUGGCCGCUGGAGGAAUGGGUGUAGAGCAGCAUACACGAGGAGUCGGGCAUGCGGCAACGACAUCCAACCGAAAGGUUGGCGCACAACAAAUUUACUCCGACUCGGAUAGCUCAAUGACGCCCGACAAGGAAGAGGAACGUGCUACGGAAAGUAAUGUGAGUGAUUCACAGAACCAGCAAACGAUACGCACAAAGGCUGCUAUGAAGGAAUUUACGCUACAACAACAGCAACAACAAACGACGACGACGACGACAACGGCGACGAAUACGGCAAUGACAGGCGCUUCAUCAAAGGCCAAAUCUAUGAAAGAAGUGAGCAGCAAGUCUAGUGCAAAUAAAAGCAAUGUUAAUGCCAUUAAGCAAAAGAGUGCCAACAGCAGUCUACCAUUUCCGGCCGAUCUGCUUGUGGUACCACAAAGACAGGCUGCUAAAAAAGCUUCCGAAAAUAUGCGAUCAACGAACCUUUACAAUGCUGUUGCUGGUGCGCCAAUUACAAGCGCUGAAAGCCUGGAACGAGUUCGCGAUACCGAAGGGUCUAGCACCGGAAAGACUAAGCAAAAGGACUUGGGUAGUAGCAGCAGUGGUGGAAGAACUGCAGACCAACCGGAGAGACCAAUAGAUAAAGCGCGAUCCAAAGAGAUAAGUAAGUCAGGAAAGGCAGCGGGUGAAACAAUAACAGAGCGCGGUAAGAGAGGGCGUCCUCCCAAAGUGCCACGAGAUACGGACACCAAGGCUUUGGCAAAGGCGUCAACUGCGGAUGCUAAUGCAGAGCCCACACUGCACCCGCCAGCCUUGCAGCCGAAGUCAAAUGAGCUUCUUAAGUUGCAAAACUUUGCAGUUUCAUAUGUACCGCAGCGACAAGCUGCCAAGAAGGCCGCUGAGCAGCUGAAGAGCAGUGGCAUCGUUAAACCGGUCACAGAGCAGGCCAACGAAACUGAAAAGGAGCGUAGCACCGUCAGCGAAAGGGAAGCCACAGGUACCACGCCAAAUAAACAGAAGAAGGAGGAACAGCGAUCGUCCUCAACGGCAAUAAAGCAACAACAAACGACACCUGUGCGAAGAUCAUCAAUCAAGGAGAGCCAGACAACGCCGGCACGCAAUCGGCGUCGUUCCAAGGAAGACACAACGCCCACGUUGUCAAAAUCAUCGGCCGUGAAACGCCGUGUAGUAGCAGAAGAGCUGAAGCUUUCGAGCUCUAGUUCGGGCAGUGACAGUUCCUCCUCAAGUAGCGAUGACGCCGACGGUAGCAGCUCUAGCAGCAGUGGCAGUGACUCUGACUCAGAUUCUCAGGCAAGCGAUGCUGAAAAGCGUUCGAGUGCAGCGCCAGUGCUAAAGCGUUCGCCCCGAAAGUCUAUUGACAAGGUGCCGCCGCAGCCUCUACCGCCGCCACCACCAACGGUCACGGCCUCGCGUACACGCCAAAACUCCACAACUAAAUCACCAAAAACGACGCCGCAAAAGACAACUCCUCAGAAAGCGAAACCUCAGCUAGCGCGAAACAUCAGUCAGACAAGCAGCAGCAGCAGCGGCAGCGCCACGGGCGAGGAUCAGGCAACGACACCUACAACGCCGAAGUCUGCUACCCGACGCAAAUUAUCCAUAGAUGACAGGAAACAGUCUCCGGUGAGUCCCGAAAAGGACGUAACCGUAACAAGGCCGAAACGUGCAACGCGCGGUUCAAAGUCUCGGCCGCCUUCACCUUCACCAGUGCCUCAGACCACUCCGGAAACGGUGACGCCGAAAACUCCUGAGAAGCAUAUAAUGGCGAGUGCGCCGAGACGCAAAUCACGUGCAGAGUCACCUAAAUUGAUACCAAACUUGGAGCAUGAAAUUGCGCAACGGAAGGCGGCGAACACGAAAGGGACAAUGACGCCCAGCAAGCAGAGUUCGCUUGACAAGCUCCUCACCAAGAAACAGCAAGAAAUUAGUCGGAUAAGUGCAGUGCCAGUGCUAGUGUCAAUGCCAGUUCCAGUUCCGGUUGCAGUGCCGUCUGCAGCAUUAUCGCCAAGGGAGCAGAGUAUCCCAGAGCAUCAGUCGAUUGCUAUGAUCGACACCAGUAAAGAGGCCGGUGAGGUGCCAAUGGACAUAGACGAGGAGCUAACGACAGCACCCACUCAUACACAACUCUCAGCCAAUGCGAGCAAGUUGGCGGAGCUGUCAGCAGACAUUGAUGAGCGACCGCCGGCGGCCCCGCUCCCUGCGUCACCAACCCCCACACCAUCGGAUGACGAGUUGUCCAAUGCCAGCGAUCUAUCUGAAGGGGAGCGACGCAACAGUCGCCGUCGCUCAAGACGCUGGCGACGCCGAACUAGAGGCAGUGGCAGCACGCCACUCUCGCCUGAGGAGGAGGAGCAUACGCAUCACACCCAACACCUGCUGAACGAAAUGGAAAUGGCUCGCGAGCUGGAAGAGGAGCGAAAGAAUGAGAUGGCCAAUGCAAGCAAAUACUCAGCUUCGACAUCGUCGCCUGCAGUUACAGUUGUGCCACCAGAGCCACCGGAGAUUAUUGAGCUCGAUUCGAAUUCGAAUUCAGGUGAGCCGCAGCCAAAGAUGAGUGAUCCUGUCGAGCCAUUGACAGUCACACCGGCAUUGCAACCGCCCACGCUCCCGCCUGCACUACAGCCCGAACAAUUGGCGGAUCUUGACUCUACCCACCAUCCCAUAGUGGACACCAUACUGGAAAUGGAGGACAGCAAGCAGCAGGAUGCGUUGCAAAGCUCUACCAACUACACGCCCAAUGUAUCAAGUGUUCUCAAUCCACCAGGUCAGUUGGAUUUGCUUGCUAGUGGGGUGCUAGCCGCCGUCGACGGCAACAAGCAGAUCUCUGAAUCUCAAGCUACGGCGACACUGCUGGAGAAACUGCGCAAGACUAAGCGAAAGACACAUGACGACACUUUGAAGGACGCGGUCGAUCUGCCACCGCCCACGCCGUCCAUUCCCUCUGUAUAUCCGUUCCACAAUGCUGCGGAUCCCGAGGAUAUAAUACACGCACAAAAGGAACAGCAGCAGCAACAGCAACAACAGCAGCAACAGCUUCAAACAAGCAACAGCUGUCUUUUUGGCACAAGCAACAGUGCACCCAGCUCCGUUGCUAUGACGAUCAAAGAUUCGCCCAUUACGGCCAACAGCGGCAGCUACGGUAAUAGUCUGACCAACACGCCCAAUGUGACGCCAACAAAUGCGCCCAAUAACAACAGCAGUGGGGGCAGCCAUCUGAGUUAUAACGAACACACCCUACCCGUCCCACAACCUUACCAGGCACCGACAGUGGCCCAGAUGAACUUUCUGGAUAAACAAUUGGACAAGCAGCAGAUACCUGCGAAGCAGAACUUUAACAAAACUCUGCCCAGCAACAACGGCAACAACCAGGCGCCUGAUUUCGUAGAUCUAGCCGCAGCCGCUAACAAGAACAAUCUGCUUUAUGCCGGAACCGGUGCAGCUAUGCCGCCCACAGUGAACAACAAAAUAGGAGUUUCUGGAGCCACCGAUUGCGAUUACGACGAGAAUACGCGUAUGCAGUCGCCAUUUGGCGCAAUGCAAGGACCACGCAUCUGGAACGAGAAUGAUCUAAUAGCGGCGCGGCGUUCAUCAUCGCCCAGCUCCGUGUCGGAGUCAAAUGAUCAGCCAGCAGCAUCAGCUGCAGCUACUGUGAUGGAUGCCCAGCUACAGGGUUGCAAGACCUUUUUUGGUAGUUAUGGUCUGGGCGCAACGAAUACGGGCACGGGUUAUAAUCACACCCCACUGGUAAAUGGCAUCGAUGCUCUGAUGUACAACAAUCAGCCGUAUGCCGCACAAUCAGCGCAGCCUACAACACCGCAACAUACGCCUCAGCAGACGCCGCAGACGCAGACACAACAGGCCCAGACGCCACAGCAGUGUACACCAACUAAUGGCAACAGCCAGUACAAUGGUGGUAGUAGUGGGGGAGGCGGGGCGAGCGGGCUUUAUAACCAAAUACCGUAUGCGGCCACCACGCCCACUAUGUUCCCACAACCCACACCGCCGGCUCCAUCUCAGCAGCAGCAAGCAGGCGACUCUAGUCAAAAUCUUUACGGCAACGGAGCAGCCACUCAGUCCCAAUAUGCUGGCACGCCCUAUAACACGCCGAAUAUGUCGCUGACUGCAUCCCUAUUACAGCAAUCGCCACACCAACUGCAGCAACAACAGCAGCAGACGACGCCCAACCAUCAGUAUUGUCUGACUUCACCGGUCGACGGUAUGCCAGCCUAUCCGGCUGCAUUGCUAAAUAGCUGUGCGGAAGCCUCAAUGAUUUCGCAUGCGCCACACACGCCGGUGAUGCCAGCAGUGCCACCUCAGCCGAAUGCCCCCAUGACACCUACAAAGGAAUCUCCCACUAAACGGAAUUCGGUGCAACAAAAGCAGCACAAAUCGCCGCAGAUGCCACAGCACAAAUCACCGGGCAAGUCACCGCGCCGCAUGGAGCUGCUUAACAAGCAAUUGCAGCAGCAGCAACAACAACAACAGCAACCACCACCCACUCCGCCACAGCAGACGCUAGCCGACUAUAGCGUUGCACCCGCCCAACAGCAGCAGCAGAAGCAGCAAACACCAACAAACAAGUAUGAUCCGCUUACGCAUACGCUCGCGGGAAAGCCGCGGCAGCGGGCCCCACGAGGUGCUGGUGCGGGAGCCGCAAGGGCUAGGGGACGUGGUCGUGGGCGCGGACGGGGAAGUUCAUCAUCCAAUGCCAUGUUGCCGUUACCGCCGCCAAUGGCCGACUACGGCAGCAAUACUCAAAUAGUCAAUGCACUAGUGGGCACACCCUUUGAGUUCAACACGAUUGAUGAUCUGGUUGUGCCCGGCGUGGAGAACCUGCAAUCAUUACGGGAUCGGCGCCGGAGCUUUGAGAUACGCGGCGGUCAUACCCCAGCGCCCGGAUAUGCAAGUUGUAAGAUGCGUCCAUCUGCCGCUCAGGCGGGCGGUGCUUUGAAAUCCACACCUACAGGAAACGCGAGUGGGGCUCAAAGCUCCUCAUCGUCAUCAUCGCUAUUGCAUUCGAUUGUACAACCCGUUCUGCCGGGGCCAGUGGAUAUGCGUACCUAUAACUUGGGUUUCGAGGCCCCACACAGCAGUGCUUCCCAGGAGGCCUACAACAACAAUCUGUUGGGCGCGUUCGACUCGGGUACGGCGGAUCAGACACUCUCCGAGUUCGACGAAGAGGAUGAACGUCAAUUCCAAUCGGUGUUGCGCGCCACUGGCAUAUCGAGCAGCAAGCAGCCAUCAACGUCAUUGCCAAGUGUACCCGUGACGUCGUCGACAUUAACGACGCCUAUCGCACCAUCGCCUUCAAAGAGCAACAACAACAAUUUGUUGAACAGUGCCCUGCAUUCGACGGAGGCAAAUCAAGCUGCUCCAAGUACAACGGCAGCGCCGCAAACGCUAGUCUCCGAGCUGUUGGUGCCACCAACGGAGGCCUCCAUGGAAGCCACAUCAGAGGAGGUGUCGAUAGACUCUGACACCACGCUUGCAACCAAGGCAUCGCUCUCGGAUUCGCGCAAUCAGCUUAAGCUUAAGAUUAAAGGACCACUCGCAUACCCAGAUCAUUACAGUGCCGUAACCAAUACCUCUUUGUGCAGCACCACCGUGGUCCAGUCCAAUGCCGGCGGCAAUAUCGUACAAACCACCGUCUCAGCACAGAUGACAGCUACAGUGGUGAGCGCAACUGCAUCAGCUGGCGGCGGCAGUAGCAGCAGUGGCGGCAUGAACUCUCGACGCAUGCGCAAAAAGGAGCUCCUCAGUUUGUAUGUGGUGCAGAAGGAUACGCUGAUGGAUGAUUCGUCCUGCGGACUACCGGCUGCCUCAGACAGUUUGCCGCACGAGACUGUGCUGCGUAAGUCAGACGCCAGUGAAGUGGAUGAUGAAAUCUCUGCGGCCGGCACUUCCAAGCGCUUCAAAAAGAACUCAAGUCGUGAGUUGCGUUCGCUGGAUGCCACCGUCAUCAUAGACGAUCAGAAUACCGGCUUGCCAGCGGGCGCAGAUGGACGAAGACGCAGCGCAUGCUCAUCCGGCAGCAAUGACAAUACAAAGACCGGAGUAGCAUCGAGUGCUGGAAAGAGACGUGGCCGCAGCAAGACUCUGGAAAGCUCCGAGGAUGAUCAUCAGGCCCCCAAGUUAAAGAUCAAAAUACGAGGCUUGCCGGCUGGUGAGCUGCCGUUGCCAAAUAUGGGCUCCGCAGGCGACACCAGCUAUGUAUAUGAGAUGACACGUCGUGCCUGUCCACCUAAGAAACGCCUGAUGUCCAACUACCCUACGCCCACGCUCGAAGAUCUGAAGCGCGAUUCGAUGAACUAUCGCAAGAAAGUCAUGCAGGACUUUGAUAAAGGUGAGGACAAGCGAUCAACAGUCGAGGAAUCUCUGCAGGCGCCUACAAAGAAGAACAAGUCGUCGAAGCCCAAAAAGGACAAAAAAGAAAAGAAGCGCAACAAGCUGGGCCAUAUGCAGACGGCAAGCACCACCACGACCAUGACGACGACUCUGAUUGAGAGCACGGCCAGUGCUUCGCCCGGAGACAAACCAAAGCUAAUAAUGCGUUUUGGUAAGCGAAAGGCUACUGAAACAAUAGCUCUCCCACCGCCACCCGCAGCCCCAGUAGAAAUUGAGAACUCAACGACAGCACCUAAGCAAAAGGAAGCGCCGCUUCGUCUAAAAUUUGCACGCGUUUCGGCCGGCGGUGGAUAUGUGAUUGGUGCCAAAACCGAAGCGAAAGAACCCCCGGCUGCUGCAUCAUUGACGUUGCAGCGCGACGAACUGCUAAUGCCCCUGGCCAAUUGUGGUGUAUCUGCUGGUGAACGUGGAGCGGAACAGCAACAACUGCAGAACUCGGAAGCCGCCUCACCCGCUCAACUGCUCAACAGUUUUACGCCGCAUUCGCAGAACGCGAACGCAUCGCCAGCACUGCUGGGCAAGGAUACGGGUACGCCGUCACCGCCCUGUCUUGUCAUUGAUUCGAGUAAGAGCGGCGAUGUCCAUGAUUCCACUUCCCUGCCAGAUGGUGGCGGAGUGGUGGUCGGUCCCACGACACCGCUUUGCGUGAAUGUCGGCAACUAUGACAACAGCAACAAUUCACUGCCGUCAGCCAGUGGAUCCGGGUCUGGUUCCGGUUCUGGCUCUGGCUCCAGCAAUUCCUGCAAUAGUAACUCAAACAACAACAACAAUAGUAAUAAUAACAACAACAACAGCAAUAGCAGGGGCGGUGGAGGUGGCGGCCUACUUCCAUUGAAAAAAGACUGUGAAGUUAGAUGAUAAUCAUAAAUCGAUUUCGGUUGACUUCCCCCCACUUCCAGCAGUAGAUUAGAAUGAACUACUACUUCUUCUCCUCCUCCUUCAUUUACUCUUCUACUCUACUACUUAUGUAUGUAUAUCUCUCAGACUUACUGUUCUGUUUCUUUUUAUGAUUUCGCUGCCGCUGAUUUCUGCAUUCUGCAUUUAGGGUUUCCUUUGCCUUUGUAAGGGAACCUCCUCUGAUGCCUGUACAAUAUUUGUGUUGUAGAGAAAAGAGGGGGAAGCGCGGAAAGAGUUCGGUGGUGCGAAAUCCUUUACUUUGUACAGUUAGCUUGUAAGUUUUCCCUGUCGUCUGUCAUUCUUCAUUCGGUUCUUCAUUGGGUUCGUUGUAAUUUCGAGUGCACAAGAAGAGAGGUAUUUAAUACACACAUCUAUCUAUCUAUCUAUCUAUCUAUCAAUCAAUCAAUCAGAAAAGAAACAAACACACACACACACACACACAAACGAACACACGUAUGUAUAUGGCUAUACAUUUAAAACUACAUUUUGUAGAUUGAAAAUCCAAAUGCUUGGUUUGUAAGCGAAUGGGUUCCACCUACGACCGAGAGACACAGCUCCUUCCAUAACACACAACUCAUAUUAAAAACUAAACAUGUAUUUUAACUAUUUAUUUAUUAAUAUUCUAUAUAAAUAAAAAGCAAAAACCCAUGGGAUGCGAUAUAAAACAAACAAAACAGCUAAGCAUUAGCAAAGCAAAAGCAAAGAAAUCAAGUUGUUUAAAGCGUGCAACAAUUGUAGCCUAUAGUCAUUAAUUGUAGUUCUUAGAUAAAAUUCGCUGCUUGGCGUGGCCGCAUCUCUAAGUGCAUAUGAAACUCUAACUAAUACAUAGAAGCAUACAAAAUACAACAGCAACAGCAACAAAACAAGCGUGUUAAAGGGAAUAACAUAACAUAAUUAAGAAAAGAGUGUCAAAAGCAACUGUAAAGUAAACAAAAAAAAAAGUGCACUGGUUUUGUAUAUUUAUUAAGGCACCUGUUGCCUCAGGCAAAGCAAAGCAGAGUAAAAAAAAAACAUAAAUAUAAAUAUUAAAAAGUUCAAAAAAAAAAAGAAGAGAAGAAAUAAGGAAACAUAGACCAGCUACACAUAGCAUUGCAGAUAUUGCGCAUUGAGAAAAAUUAAGUUAAUGAACAUAAAAACCAACCGUACAUGAUUAUUCCAAAAAAUACAAAUAUGUAACGAGAAGAGCGGGAAAGCGUUAUUCUAAUUGAAUAAGUGUGUAAUUGUAAAUAA